AUGGCUGAAGGCUUGCUAGGAUUUUUAAAGUGUCUGAAAAGCUCUUAUUUAGCUGGAGAGCUCUUCAACUCCUCACGUUUGCUGAUCGUUUGCGGUAAUGAAAGCGCCGAUCUGGACUCGGUGGUUUCGGCCAUCACGUAUGCCUAUUUUAGCUAUAUAAAAAACCCUGGCGUCCAAAUUGUGCCUGUGAUCAACAUUCUAAAAGCCGAUCUGGAAUUGCGUAGAGAUAUUGUCUGGGUCCUGAAAAAGCGCAAUAUCCCACACAAUCUGUUGUAUUUCCACGAAGAUCUGCACGAUAUGCGUAAACGAUUCCGAGGGCCGAUAGAGGCAGUGCUGGUAGACCAUAACGAUUCACAGAGCCUCGCAAAAAAAGUGGUGGAUUCUGUAGUUGGAAUCAUCGAUCACCACGAAGACUUGGGGCUGCACAAAGAUAUCUCAGAACGCCAUGGUGGACCUCGGAUCAUUCGGCCUGCUGGAAGCUGCUCGUCUUUGGUAUUCAAUUUUUGGAACGAGAGUUUGAAAAACGGUAGCGAACAGAAAUUUGGCGGCUCAGAUGCCUUGUCGUUGUGUUUGGGAGCUUUACUCAUUGACACGACUAACAUGGCCUACAAAGUAGAGGAUCCUGAUAAAGAAGCACAUGCGGCUUACAAGGAAUUGCUUCCAAACGUGGAUUUUGAAGUCUAUUCUAGCCAACUUCGCCAAGCCAAGGACGAUAUUGCUGGACUAUCAUUGCGAGAUAUCUUGCGAAAGGACUACAAAGAAUUCGUUUUCUCUAAAACAAAAGGAACUGUAAAAUGUGGGUUUGCCUCCGUGGUAAAACCAUUCAAUUGGAUUAACGCACAAUUUCCUGACCAGCAAUUUUUAGAGGCCUGUUCCAAGUUUGUGGACGAAAGAAAUUUGGAUUUACUGUUGAUCUUGACGAGCUGGACCGACUCAAAGGCCCAAUUCAAGCGGCAGAUCGCUCUAUAUGUCAAAGAAAAACGAAGCAUGGAGGUUUCAUCUAAAGUCAUUGAGAACAUAACAGCAUUAUUGAAAUUGCAAUCUAUCGAAGUCCUCGAAGCGCCUUGUGAGAAUUGUGCAUUUUUCGCUCAGCUCAACACGAAUGCAAGUCGCAAACAAGUAGUUCCUUAUGUUCAAGAAGCAUGUAGAGCCAUAUGA